AUGCUGGGCAGGGUCAUCUUCUGCGUGGUGAUCGCCGCGGCCGUCCUCGCCGUCGUCCUGCUCGCCACCGUCUCCCCUCUCCCCCACCGGUCCACCGCGCGCCCCCGGGGCCUCCGCGAUAUCACGGUGUACAUCCAUCCGGCCGCGUCUGGUGCCGUGAGGCGGCAGCAAGGCGCGGCUCACGGAGACGAACGGGUGGCGAGCGCGCUGGUGUUCCGCCACCGGAUGACGGCGGGGCCGGAGAUCACGUCGGCGGCCGUCGGCGCGGCCUCGGGGUUCGUGCUCCCGGGCGAGCGCGGCUCGGCGAUGUCGGCGUUCGACACGGUGCACCUGGCGUUGGACGCGCCCGGGCUGUCCGGCGGCCUCUGCGUGGAGGUGGCCAGGAGCAAGGAGGCGCCGCGGGAGGAGGCGCUCCGUGUGGUGGGCGGCACGGGCGCGUUCGCGUUCGCGCGCGGGCGCGGCGCCGUCCUGGGCCCGGAGCGGGGGAGGCGGCUGGACGACGGCGGCGCCACCGCGACGGCGUUGCGUCUUGAGCUGAGCCUGAGCGUCGCGUCCGCUGGCGCUGGGUAA